UUUUUCAUCGAAAUCAGAUAUUGUGUAAGUUUUAAGUCGAGGGGAACAAAGAAAUUUUGCAAUUAUAUUAUUAUUAUUUUAUUUUUAAAUAAAUUUGAAAACUAGAACACCUUUGAUGGAAGAAGAACAUGGUGAAUCUCGUACAAUUUUCAAAAUUGUUAUCCUUAAUUUGUCUCCCUAAAGAUCUGCCAUAUAAAUCCCCCCAUAUUCUGACAAGACUUUUCUCUCAUUACAAUUACAACCCCUUCUUCCGUAUCACCACCAUGUCCAUAAACCUAAGCACCCACGUCUUCGCCGGAAACCCACUAAGAUCCAAAACACCGAACAAUAACGACCUAUUUUCACCCACAACCGCACUCGAAACCCUCAAAUCCCGAAUCACCGACAACACUCAUCACCAAUCUCCUAAUUUUAAGGUACUACCAUUCAGAAACGGGAAGCCCCUCGCGACUUCAAUUGGCGGUGAGUCAUGGCAGCUCGGUUGGAUCGGUCUGGGAGAACUGAGUCCUGAAUUGAGCGCUGGUGAAUCGUUUGUUUAUCUUGGUUCGGAUGUUGACGAAGAUGCGGUUUACUGGACGAUUGAUGUGUCUGGAGAGGAGAUUGGGUUUGUUCCUGAAUUUGGUGGUGUGCGGUUUAGCUUUGUGGAGCUUAGAACCCUUAUGGUUGCCACUGAUUGGGUUGAUUCCAAAUCUAUGGGAAACUUGGCUAUUGCUGGUCAUGCCAGAGCACUGUUAGAAUGGCAUAAGAUAUCACUUUUUUGUGGACAUUGUGGAGAGAAAACAGUCCCAAUGGAAGCUGGGAGACGGAAGCAGUGUUCAAAUGAAUCGUGCAAAAAGAGGAUAUAUCCACGAGUUGAUCCGGUGGUCAUUAUGCUGGUAAUUGACCAAGAGAAUGAUCGUGCCCUUUUGAGCAAACAAUCUAGAUUUGUGCCUAGAAUGUGGAGUUGCUUAGCAGGUUUUAUAGAGCCAGGAGAAAGCUUGGAGGAGGCUGUGAGAAGAGAAACUUUGGAGGAGACUGGUAUUGAAGUUGGAGAAGUUGUAUAUCACAGUUCUCAGCCAUGGCCUGUUGGACCGAACAGCAUGCCAUGUCAGCUGAUGGUUGGAUUCUUUGCAUAUGCUAAAUCCCUUGAAAUUAAUGUCGACAAGGAGGAGUUGGAAGAUGCUCAGUGGCACAGUAGAGAAGAAGUAAGAAAAGCUCUGACAUUUGCCGAGUACAAGAAAGCUCAAACAACUGCAGCAGCAAAGGUAGAACAAAUGUGUAAAGGAGUAGAAAAAACUCACAGCUUGUCUACCGAUUUCAAUGUGGAAAGUGGUGAACUUGCACCGAUGUUUGUUCCUGGACCCUUUGCAAUAGCCCAUCACCUUAUUUCCUCUUGGGCAUUCCCCGAUAAAAAUAUUAACGGCAGUGAAUUACAUUCAAAACAACCAAUUGGUUCUGCGUCAAAUUUGUAGGAUUAUCUGGAUUGUUUUGAAGACAGCUUUGAAUAUAAAGCUUAUCUUAAUUGUUAUAUAACUCUAGAAAUCAUACAGUGGCCAAAGGGGUUUGAAAUAUUCAUUUCCGAUAGUUGUAAAGAUUAUGCACACAUAGAACUUGAAAAACCUACCUUUGAAGUUGUGGUUAGCAAGCCCAUUAUAGUUUAUUUAGAUGUAUUAUAUAGAAUAAGGAUGGACAUUUAUUCGCCAUUCGGUUGUUUUUAUGUUUGGUUGGGAGAGCCCGGUCACUAUUUUCCUCGAUGUUGUGUUAGUUACUACUAGGAGAGUUACUGUAUUUUCUUCCUGUGCUUGUAACCAACUCCGCAGAGAUUUAUUUGCCUAAAUGUUGUUGAAUAUAAUUAUAUAAGUAUUGUUCCAUUA